CGGGGGCUGGUUUCAGUGUCAGCAGGCAGGUGUCCCAGCUGCUCAAAGGCUGGAGCCUUCUCUCACCCAGCAGAUGGUGAGCAUGGUUAACGCCAAACAGCUUGCACGGCCCGAGGCUGGAACUGAGACCGAAACCAGCGCCUGUGCUCGUCCACGUGACCGAUGCCGUUUCACAUGCUUUCUUCGUUGCUCUAGGCGUCAUUCUAGAAGUGAUGAAGUUUGAGUUGCCUCUUAACGUGAUCUUGAUUGUGUUACUUGUACAUGAAGGUAAGUGUGCGUUUGUGUGUUGUGUGUGUGUGUGUGUGUCUCUCUCUGCAGGCCCCCACCAGGCAGGUGAUGCAUUUCUGGCUCCAGCAGUUGCAGCAGAAACGUUGGGAGUACAGCAACACGCGAGGCUCCGGUCAGAGAGACAGCUGGAGCUCGCCGACCCUGGCCUUCCCCCCCACGGGCCUCGUGGGCAAAGACAAUUGUGUGAAUCCUGAAGUUGCUGUCAAGCCUUGGUUCUGUAGUUGGUGUCUAAAAUUGGUUCUGACUGAACCCUGACCUGUGGCCAUUCCUCAAAGGCUGCCCGUCUAAAUCCACUUGACGGUCUUCAGUAUGGACACCAAAGGCCAGAGUAGCACCUUCAGACGGGCCUCCCUCAAACGCACUCCAUCUGGCUCGCAGAAGGCACAGAAAGCUUGGAUUGAGAGGACCUUUGUGAAAAGAGAAUGUGUUCACAAAUUUCCCACAAAGGACCCGGCCAGAUGUUCCUGUGGUCAGCUGACGUCGCAGCACGUGGCCAUCCCCGCCGGUGCCAACUCGCUAGAGGAAGCGAACCAGCUGGUCCAGAUUGACACCCCGAAAGAUAAAUGGAGUGUGAUCAAGCACACCAGGACCUACCCGACGGACGCCUACGGCCUGAUUGAGUUCCAGGGCGGCGGAUUCAUCAACAAGGCCAUGUAUAUCAGAGUCUCCUAUGACACCAAACCUGACAACCUCCUGCAUUUGAUGGUGAAGGACUGGCAGCUGGAACUGCCUACUUUGCUCAUCUCCGUCCACGGAGGUCUUCAGAACUUCGACCUGCAGCCCAAACUCAAGCAAGUGUUUGGCAAAGGCCUGAUCAAAGCUGCCGUCACCACAGGAGCUUGGAUUUUCACCGGUGGGGUCAACACAGGGGUGAUCCGUCACGUAGGAGAUGCCUUAAAGGACCAUUCCUCCAAGUCACGAGGGAAGGUGUGCGCUAUAGGAAUUGCUCCAUGGGGAAUCCUGGAAAACAAAGACGACCUCAUCGGAAAAGAUGUAAGCAAACCCUAUCAGACGAUGGCCAACCCACUGAGCAAGCUGGCUGUGCUCAACAACAGCCACUCGCACUUCAUCCUGACCGACAACGGCACCUGUGGGAAGUACGGCUCUGAGGUCAAACUGCGGCGGCUGCUGGAGAAGCACAUCUCCCUGCAGAAGAUCAACACGCGUCUGGGUCAGGGGGUUCCUCUAGUGUGCAUGAUAGUGGAGGGAGGCCCCAACGUGAUCUCCAUCGCUCUGGAGAGUCUGAGAGACGAUCCGCCCGUCCCCGUGGUGGUGUGCGACGGCAGCGGCCGAGCUUCCGACAUAAUAUCCUUCGCACACAAGUUCUCAGAGGACGGAGGGAUGAUCAAUGAUGAUGUCAGAGAGCAACUUUUGGUAACUAUUCAGAAGACCUUCAACUAUAGCAAAAGCCAGUCCCAGCAGAUACUGCUCAUGGUUAUGGAGUGCAUGAAGAAAAGGGAACUGAUCACAGUUUUUCGAAUGGGUUCUGAGGGACAACAAGAUAUUGAAAUGGCCAUUCUUACCGCCCUGUUAAAAGGCACAAAUGCAGCAGCGGCCGAUCAGCUUAGUUUGGCCCUGGCCUGGAACAGAGUGGACAUCGCUCGCAAUCACAUAUUUGUUUACGGACACAAUUUACCACCGGCCGGCGCCAUCGCCAACGCUACGACCUCUGGAGCUUCGGCUCAAGAGAAGCAAAAGAGUCCUGCCCGUGCUCCUCAAAAUAAAGGCCGAGGAAAGAAGGGAAAGGGGAAGGGAAAGACAAAGCCUGAACCCCCGGAGGAAACAGACCCCAGGAAGUUGGAGUUGAUGCGUUGGGUGAACUCUCUGGAGCAGGCCAUGAUGGAUGCUCUCGUGCUUGACCGAGUGGACUUUGUCAAACUGCUCCUCGAGAAUGGGGUCAAUAUUCACCACUUCCUCACCAUUCCCAGACUGGAGGAGUUAUACAACACGAAACUUGGUCCUGCUAAUUCACUCAAUGCUGUGGUGAGAGAUGUCAAAAAGGGAAACCUUCCUCCAGAUUAUCAGAUCACUGUGAUUGAUAUUGGUCUGGUGCUGGAGUGCUUCAUGGGGGGAGCUUACAGGAGCAAUUACACCAGGAAGGCUUUCCGCAACCUCUACAAUAAUUUGUAUGGACUAAAAAGGCCGAAGGCUCUGAAGCUCCUCGGAAUGGAGGAUGAUGAACCAAGGUCAAAGGGAAAGAAAAAGCCCAAAAAGAAGAAAGAGGAAGAGGUGGAAAUUGACGUGGAUGACCCCGAGGUUUGUCGAUUCAAGUUUCCCUUCCAUGAGCUGAUGCUGUGGGCGGUGCUGAUGAAGCGCCAGAAGAUGGCACUGUUUCUGUGGAAGCGUGGAGAAGAAGCCAUGGCGAAGGCCCUGGUGGCCUGUAAACUGUAUAAAGCCAUGGCACAUGAGUGCUCUGAGAGUGAAUUGGUGGAUGACAUCUCCCAAGACCUGGAGAACAACUCAAAAGAAUUUGGUCAGCUUGCCUACGAGCUGUUGGACCAGUCCUACAAGCAUGACGAACAGGUCGCCAUGAAACUGCUAACAUACGAGCUGGUCAACUGGAGUAACUCCACCUGUCUGAAGCUGGCUGUGGCUGCUAAGCAACGCGACUUCAUUGCCCACACCUGCAGCCAGAUGUUGCUCACUGACAUGUGGAUGGGCUGCUUAAGGAUGGGCAAAAAUCCCGGCCUCAAGGUUAUUCUUGGAAUUGUCUUUCCUCCUCUGAUCCUACUGUUGGAUUUCCGUCUCAAAGAGGGUGCAUCUUAUCGUACAGCUGAAAACAAAGAACAAGGAAACGACAAGGAUGACGACACAAAAUCCGGCAAAGACCCCAAUAAUGAUGCAACCUCCCGAAAGGGGGACGAAGAGGAGGGCAACACUAAUGUCCGCAAAAUCCCCAUUGGCAAAAGGUUCUUUGAGUUUUAUAAUGCGCCAUUCACCAAAUUCUGGUUCAAUACCAUUUGCUAUCUGGGAUAUUUGAUGUUGUACAACUACAUAAUCCUGGUAAAAAUGGAGCGAUUGCCAUGUUUACAAGAAUGGACCGUCAUUGCAUACAUCCUCACGCUUGGAUCAGAAAAAGUCAGACAGAUUCUGAUGUCCGAGCCGGGGAAGCUGAAACAGAAGAUAAGUGUGUGGCUGGAGGAGUACUGGAACAUCACAGACCUGGCGGCCAUUUGCACCUUCCUCCUUGGUCUGAUGCUCCGUCUGCAGCACGAGCCUUACAUGGGCUACGGCAGAGUCAUCUACUGCAUAGACAUAAUCUUCUGGUACAUCCGUGUGUUGGACAUCUUUGGAGUCAACAAAUACCUGGGACCCUAUGUGAUGAUGAUAGGGAAGAUGAUGAUAGAUAUGAUGUACUUUGUGGUGAUCAUGCUGGUGGUGCUCAUGAGCUUCGGGGUGGCUCGGCAAGCCAUCCUUCACCCCGAUGAGGAGCCGACGUGGCGCCUGGCCAGAAACAUUUUCUACAUGCCCUACUGGAUGAUCUACGGAGAGGUUUUUGCGGACUCGAUAGACCGUAAGACUCGAGUUCAUAUCUACGCGAUGGAAAUCAACCCUCCAUGUGGUGACCAUUUAUUUGACGAGGACGGUAAGAAACUGCCUCCGUGUAUCCCCGGUGCCUGGCUCACACCUGCCAUCAUGGCCUGUUACCUCCUCGUGGCAAACAUUCUUCUGGUCAACUUGCUGAUCGCCGUGUUCAACAACACUUUCUGUGAAAUCAAGUCCAUUUCCAACCAGGUCUGGAAGUUCCAGAGAUAUCAGCUGAUCAUGACGUUCCAUGACCGCCCCAUCCUGCCGCCACCUCUCAUUAUUUUCAGCCACAUCUACAUCCUUUUCAACCGGCUGUUUCGCCGAUGUGCCAGAAAGAAACAAGAUGGAGAGCUGGAUGAGAAGGAUCGCGGACUCAAGCUCAGGCUGAAUCCAGAGGAGCUCAAAUGUCUGUAUGAGUUUGAAGAGCAGUGUGUGGAGGAAUAUUUCCGCGAGAAAGAGGAUGAGCAGCAGUCUUCCAGUGACGAACGCAUCAAGGUUACCUCAGAAAGAGUUGAGAAUAUGUCCAUGCGUCUGGAGGAGGUAAACGAAAGGGAGAACACCAUGAAGGCCUCCCUGCAGACAGUGGAUCUGCGCUUGGCACAGCUCGAAGAGAUCCAUGGAAGGAUGGCGGUCGCCCUGGAAAAGCUUGCGGGCGUGGACAAACUGGAACUGACCAGAAGCCAUUCACGAGCCUCGUCCGCCUGUGACCCCUCCUCUCUGCUGCGCCAGGGCAGCAUUAACAGUGCUGAUGGUUACAGUCUGUACCGCUUCCACAUGGACAUGGAGGAAUUUGCGUCGAAGCAGAAGGACUCAGAUGAGACAACGAAAACUGGCGUAGAGAGACAGAGGAGCCUGAGGGAAGCCUCCAGUAUUCGCAACCCAAAGGAAAGCGGACAGACCUUAGAGGUCGGUGGUCUGGACAGAUCACGACCAGGUUCCUGCGUGGGCAUUCUCAUAUCGCCAUGUGAACCGAAGCUUGCCUCUGCUGCAUCGAGUCAAGAGACCUUAUCCAACCUAAAAAACGGCAGCACGAUGCUGCUGGACAGACUAAAGCCUUGUUCUCCACCAAAAAGAACCAAGUCCUUGAGAUACUCUCCAGUUGAAGACCAAGCCACUUCUCCUUUGACAAAGAGGAGGGCUAUGAGCACCAUAAUUGUCAGCCCGCCUGAUGAGCCCGAGGAGGCAGAUGAGACUUCAAAGAAGGCCCAACUGCCGUCUGGAACUUCCUCUUCCCCAAAGAGGACUAAAUCGUUGAAAUAUUUCCACGGUGAAAUCCAAAGUCAGACGUCUGCCGUGACAAAGAGGAGAGCCAUGAGCGGCAUCCUCCACCAACCAGCGGAGGCAGGUGAUGAUGUGCAAACGGAUGACUUUAAGUCGGUAGUGGAGCAGCUCACUAAAACACAGAACCAGCGGCCAGAGAACUUGGAGAACAAGAUGCACCCGAGCACUACCGGUCCCAUGCCGAAAGUUUCAACGGUCAGAACUCUCUCCCAGCAGUUUCAAGCCUGCGCUGCACUCACAGAGCCUAAAACAGGGGAGUACCAGACGGAAAGCAAAGGGGCUCGUCCGGCGGAGGAACCCGCAGGAGGCCAAACAAAGAUGAAGGCCAAGCGGAAUCUCUCAGACGCUACCGAGUAUCUGACUGUGGCUGAUGAAAAGCGAUUUCCAUCGCACAGAUCGCAGAGCUUCAACACCAGUGAGAGGAAAGCAAAGGUGGUGAGUAAGGAGGCCGGGGCCUCGAGCAGCGAGAGGGACCUGGUUGAAGCCUGCAGGGUAGCAGGCGAUGGUGCGGGGAAGAAGAUGGAGGCAGAGCAGAAAGAAGAUACUCUGCCUGGAAAUUAGAUACGAGCCAUAAAGAGAGGAGGGAUGAAACUAAAUGAGGAAUUAAUCAUUUAUGGAGGAGGAAUUGAAUGGUUACAGCGAUGCAGAGAACUAUCCUUCCUUUGGUCGGGAGAUUCAUGUCUCACAUCAAUGAUAAAAAAUAGAAUGGCAGUAAUUCAUUCCC